AUGAAGGUCCUUUGGCAAAUUAGUACCCUUGUCGCAUUUGCUUCGGCACAGGCGACAUAUGUUUUUGAGCCUGCGAACUUUAACAUCACCAAGGCGCUGAUCGCCAAUGGCGUCGAUGUGUCUGCCAUCCCUGAGCUUGCCAAGUUCUCAGGACGAUCAUUCAGUGGGUGCUCUGCUGCCUGCUCAUUCUUGGAGCGCAUCUAUGGCAGCGACAAACUGCUUUUGGACAAUUCGUCUACGUACGAUGCAUUCACUGGUGCCUACUGGAGUAUCCAGCAGGGUGCUGUAAACCCGCGAUGUGUCUUCAAGCCAUCCAGCACGAUCGAAGUAUCUUCGUGGCUGCUAAUAUCUCGGUUGACACAAUGCCCAUUUGCUGUGAAAAGCGGCGGCCAUGCUGCUUUUGCUGGGGCAUCCAGCAUCGACGGAGGUAUUACCGUUUCCAUGGAGCGCUUCAAUAACGUUACUGUCUCAAACGACAAGCAAUAUGCCAAUGUCGGUGCCGGAACUCGAUGGGUUGAUGUAUAUACAACGAUCGAAAAGUCCGGUGUCAGCGUCGUUGGAGGCAGGAUGGCUCCAGUGGGGGUGCCAGGUCUCAUACUUGGCGGUGGAAUCUCAUUCUUUUCCAAUAAGUUAGGUUGGGCUUGUGACAACGUUGCAAGCUAUGAAGUCGUCACGGCGUCUGGCCUAGUUGUCACUGCCAGUCCCACCGAGUUUCCUGACUUAUACUGGGCUCUCCGUGGUGGCGGUGGUAGCAACUUUGGUGUCGUGACCAACUUCAAGCUACACGCUUUCCCCCAAGGCAAUAUGUGGGGUGGCCAGCGCAUCUUUACAGAAAACAAUUUCAAGGGUGUUCUGGAUGCUGUUUUCAAUUUCGCUACUGUGGGAUCUUCGAAGGACACUGGUGCCGCUGAAAUCAUUUCUUUUGGCAGUAUCCCUAGCGUUGGCAAGAUCGCCAUCGUGCAGACUCACUACGCCCAGCCAGUGGCCAACGCCUCAGUCUUUGCUGAUAUCAACGCACUCACACCCAUAUCGGAUAACACAGGUAUCGCUUCUCAUAGCGAAAUGACAAUCAAACUGAACGGAGGCUCACCCAAUGACACACUCGGCUCCCUGCAAACAAAUUGGGAUGUUACCUUCAAGGUUGAUCGAGACCUUUUUACCUUCCUGGUUGAUACCUUUUACUCGGAAAUAACCGCCAUUCAGAACAUCAAGGGUCAAUUAAAGGGCAUGCAGAAGAAUGGCGGAAACGCACUCGGUCUCAGUUCCGCCAAUGGACCAAUCUUUAUCAUGAACCUAAGCGCAUCUUUUGCAGACCCUACAGGUGAAGCCGCCGUCCUGAAAUGCUAUUCAGGCAUUAUCAAAAAGGUCAAGGCUGAGGCACAGAGGAAAGGCGUAGACAACGACUACAUCUACAUUAAUUAUGCAUCCGAGUUCAUGGACCCGAUCGCUAGCUAUGGAACUGACAAUGUCGCCAAGCUCAUCGCUGUCAGCAAGAAAUACGAUCCGGCGCAGGUGUUCCAGAACUUGAGUCCGGGAUACUUCAAAUUGGCGAAGGGACCACCAAACCCGAACAUGCCAUGA